CGCCAACACCACAAUAUCCAUAAUGAGUAACAACAUGAAUAUAGAUCAAACGGGGUCAGGCACCAUUGAUGAGGGAUUAUACUCCCGACAACUCUAUGUUUUGGGACAUGAGGCCAUGAAGCAAAUGAGUCAAUCAGAUGUUUUAAUUAUUGGAUGCAAAGGCCUUGGUGUUGAAAUUGCAAAAAAUAUUUGUCUUGCUGGUGUUAAAAGUGUUACAAUUUACGAUCCUCAACCUACUCGAAUUGAGGAUUUGUCUUCACAAUACUUUCUGACCGAAGACGAUUUGGGAGCUUCUCGUGCUGAAGUUAGCGUGCCUAAAUUGGCUGAGCUCAACCAGUACGUGCCUGUCUCUUCAACCCCAGAGCUAUCGAUUCAAGAUUUGAAAAAAUUUAAAUGUGUUGUUGUUACUGAAACUUCUUUUACAAAACAAUUGGAAAUUAAUGACUUUACUCAUGAGAACGGAAUUGCAUUUAUCUCCGCAGAUACCCGUGGUCUUUUUGGUUCCGUAUUUUGCGACUUUGGACCCGAGUUUAUCUGCGUUGAUGUAGAUGGAAAUGAACCUCUGACUGGAAUGAUUGCUAAUAUAACUGACGAUGGUACUGUUACGAUGCUUGAAGAAACUCGCCACGGCUUAGAAGAUGGUGAUUAUGUAAAGUUCACUGAGGUCAAGGGUAUGCCUGGUUUGAAUGACGGCAAUCCCCGCAAGGUGGAGGUGAAGGGUCCUUAUACCUUUUCAAUUGGUUCUAUUAAUGGUUUGGGAGGCUCUAGCGCUACCGGAGGUGUCUUUACUCAAGUUAAGGUCCCUCAAAAACUCUCAUUUAAAUCUCUUCGCGAGUCUUUGAAGGAGCCUGAGUAUGUAUUUCCUGAUUUUGGAAAAAUGACGCGUCCUCCUCAGUAUCAUGUUGCCUUCCAAGCGCUUUCUUCUUUUGCUGACACACAUGAUGGUGUUUUGCCUCGUCCCAGAAAUAAUGCCGACGCUAAUGAAUUUCUCCAAAUUGCCAAAAAAAUCGGCGGUUCUUUCGAUUCUGAGUUAGAAUUGGAUGAAAACCUUAUUAGAGAAGUUUCUUAUCAGGCCAGAGGUGACCUUGUCGCUAUGUGUGCUUUCCUUGGUGGUAUUGUUGCUCAAGAAGUCUUGAAGUCUACCACAAGCAAAUUUUUUCCUUUUAAACAAUUCUUCUACUUUGACUCCCUUGAAAGCCUUCCUGCCUCCGUGCAGCUCGAUGAAGAAGCCUGCAAACCUCGUGGUUCCCGCUAUGAUGGUCAAAUUGCAGUCUUUGGAGAGGAGUUUCAACAAAAAUUGAGCUCCUUGAAUCAAUUCUUGGUCGGUGCCGGUGCCAUUGGCUGUGAGAUGUUGAAGAAUUGGUCUAUGAUGGGUGUCUCAACGGGUGAAGAUGGUCAUAUUCAUGUUACCGAUAUGGAUUCCAUCGAGAAAUCAAACCUAAACCGUCAAUUCCUUUUCAGACCUCGUGAUGUUGGCAAAUUAAAGGCUGAAUGUGCUGCCAAUGCUGUUGCCGCUAUGAAUCCUUCUUUGACUGGAAAAAUAACCUCUUAUCAAGAACGUGUAGGACCAGAAAGCGAAGGCAUUUUCGGAGACGAAUUCUUUGAUAACCUUUCUAUGGUUACCAAUGCUUUGGAUAAUGUCGAAGCUCGUUUGUACGUGGACCGUCGCUGCGUAUUUUUUGAAAAACCUUUGCUGGAGUCUGGUACCUUAGGUACAAAGGGUAACACCCAGGUAGUUGUGCCACACCUUACUGAAUCAUAUGGUUCUUCUCAGGAUCCUCCUGAGAAGUCUUUCCCUAUAUGCACUCUCAAGAAUUUCCCUAAUCGCAUUGAACAUACAAUUGCUUGGGCACGUGACCUAUUCGAGGGAUUAUUCAAACAACCUAUUGAUAACGUUAACUUGUACCUUAGUUCUCCUAACUUUUUGGAAACAACUUUGAAGACUAGCACCAGUCCUCGUGAAGUUUUAGAGAACAUUCGUGAUUAUCUUGUCAGCGAAAAACCUCUUUCCUUCGAGGAAUGUAUCAUCUGGGCUCGCAACCAAUUCGAGAAGUACUUCAAUCAUAACAUUCAGCAAUUACUUUUCAACUUCCCUAAGGAUUCUGUCACCUCAAAUGGACAACCUUUCUGGUCUGGUCCCAAACGCGCUCCUAGUCCUUUGACCUUCGACAUUAACAAUCGUGAACACUUUGAUUUCAUUGUUGCUGCUGCUAGCAUUUUUGCUUUCAAUUAUGGAUUGAAGGAGGAAACCGACCCUGCUCUUUACGAACGGGUUCUUUCCAGUUACAAGCCCGCUGAAUUUUCUCCCAGAAGCGGUGUAAAGAUUCAAGUUAAUGAUAGUGAUGAAGCGCCUGAGGCUGCUGCCAACUCUGAUAAGCAGCAAUUGAAGUCUAUUGCUGAUAGUUUACCUCCUCCAUCUUCAUUGGCUGGCUUUAGAUUGACUCCUGCUGAUUUUGAAAAAGACGAUGACACCAACCAUCACAUUGAUUUCAUUACUGCUGCUUCCAACCUUCGUGCCUUGAACUAUGAAAUCACACCUGCUGAUCGUUUCAAGACCAAGUUUGUUGCAGGGAAGAUUGUUCCAGCUAUGUGUACUUCUACUGCAGUUGUUUCUGGUUUGGUAUGCUUGGAAUUGGUUAAGUUAGUGGACGGCAAGAAGAAGUUAGAAGACUACAAGAAUGGCUUCUUUAAUCUCGCUAUUGGACUCUUCACAUUUUCAGAUCCCAUUGGAUCUCCUAAAAUGAAGUUUAACGACAAGGAGGUUGACAAAAUCUGGGACCGAUUCACUCUUCCCAAUAUUACCCUUCAAGACCUUAUUGACCACUUUUCUGAAAAGGAAGGUUUGGAAGUCACUAUGCUUUCUUCUGGUGUUUCUUUGCUUUACGCUAAUUUCCAACCACCUAAGAAGCUUGCAGAACGCUUGCCUCUUAAGAUCUCUGAUUUAGUUGAGCAAAUUUCUAAAAAGAAGCUGGAGCCUUUUAGAAAGCACUUGGUUUUAGAGGUUUGUUGUGAUGAUAAAGAUGGAGAAGACGUCGAAGUUCCUUUCAUCACUGUCAAAGUAUAAAGAUUUAAAUAUUGAUGAUUUAUAAUGGUUUGAGAUUGUUUGUACAAUUCGGAUUUGACAAUUUGGUCUCUUAAAAAGAAAAUUAGAAUAGACCCUAGCUUAAAUAUUUUUAUGUUUGUUCUUUAUUUAUCUUGUAGAGCUCAACAAGCAUUUCUAUUGUUAGUGUGCUUUUUUUAAUGUUUUUGUUAGAGUAAACGAUGAUAAUAUGAUGAGAAAUGUUUUUUAAGUAAGUCACACAA